AUGGCCUCAAAUCUGGAAGGAUCAUCAGUGAAACCUCUAUGGGAGGAACUUCAAGUCCUGUCUACUAGGCUGAAGGGACCCUGGGGAGUCAUAGGUGAGUUCAAUGCGAUCACUAGCCCUGAAGAAAAGCAUGGUGGUGCUUGCUACAAUAUGCAAAAGAGUGUUUUCAUGGGGCCUAGUACACUUGGUGCAACAACUGGGGGCACCCAAGAACAAUCUGGAAAAGACUCGAUAGAUUGCUCAUUAAUGAAGAAUGUGAGGGUUGACACUGUGAAAUACUUCAAGUUCCUAAACAUUUGGUGCAACCAUAAGGACUUUAUUGACAUAGUUAAAGAUGCUUGGACUAUCAAUACCCAGGGUACUGCCAUGUGGAAACUGCACAAUAAGAUGAAAGCUGUAGCAACUAAACUUAGCUCUUGGUCUAGAGAGGCCUUUGGAGACAUUUUUAAGGAUGAUGAGAUUUAUAGGCAGAAGGCUAAGGCUAGGUGGCUACAAGAUGGGGAUAAAAAUACCUCCUAUUUUCACAAGGUGAUCAAAGACAGAAGAAGGAAGUUGAAUAUCCAAAGCAUACAAGACAAUGAAGGACAUAAGAUUGAAGGACAUCAAAACAUUGCUACAACAACCAUCAAGCACUUUGAGGGUCUGUUUAGCUAUCAGGAAGUCAAGGGAAGUUUUAGAAUCUUGGACAUAGUUCCUAAGCUAGUUACAGAAGAGAUGAAUGCAAUACUGACAGCCAUCCCAACCCCCCAGGAAGUAAGACAGGCUAUUAAGGACAUCGACCCUGAUAGUUCUCCUGGCCUUGAUGGGUUUGGAGCCAAAUUAUUCCAAGUAUGUAUAGACAUCAUUUUGCCUGAAGUACAUGGGGCUAUUAAAGAAUUCUUUGAGGGUGCACCUGUACCAAGGCAUGUUUCCAAUAACUGGUAUUCCAUAGUCUUAAAUGGAACUGGAAAUGGCUUUUUCAAAUCCAACAGAGGCUUAAGGCAGGGUGACCCCUUGUCACCUGCCCUUUUUAUCAUAUGUGCAGAACUGAUUUCGAGUAUGCUUAACAAUCUUGUCCUAGAUGAGAACUUUACAGGUUAUUAUAGACCCAAGAAAGGCUCAAUCAUCACUCACUUGGCUUUUGCAGAUGACAUAAUACUGUUCACUUCAGGCCAGAUGAUCAAUAAACACAAAAGCUGUGUAGCAUUCUCCCUUAAGGCUAACAUGGAUCUGAUGCAUAGAUCCAUUACAAGAAGGAUUCAUAGUUGGCAUUCGAAAUUUGUAUCCAUAAGGGGUAAGAUCACCCUGAUCAAACAUGUUUUGUUGGCAAUGCUUGUUCAUCUACUGGCUGCCAUGAAGCCUCCUAAAGGAACCUUUGAGCAAAUUGAGGCUGCAAUUGCCAGAUUUCUUUGGAACAACAAUGAGAAUGUAAAUAAGUAUCAUUGGUCGAAAUGGGAAAGCAUGUGCCUACCCUAUGAAGAGGGUGGGGUAGGCUUUAGAUGCCUGAGAGAUGUCAGCAAAUCCUUUAUUGCUAAACAAUGGUGGAGUAUAAGAACUAAAGAGUCUCUUUGGAAAGACUACAUAAUGGCAAAAUACUGCACCAGGAUCAGAUCUCAAAUGGAGAAUAAUAUCACUUGGCAAAUAGGACAGGGACAGGUGUCUUUUUGGUUUAACAACUGGACUAGGGAGGGUGCACUAUAUAAACUCCUCCCUGAUGAUGUGAUCCCCAACAACAUAAAGCUUAACGAAGUUCAUGAUAAUGGUACUUGGCAUUGGAAUAGAGCAGGGUAUAGAGUCCCUUGGGCAGUGAGGUUGGCCAUACAAAAUGUUACUAGCAACUUCACUCAUGGUAAAGAAGACAAAUCUAUAUGGAUCCCAAAUCUAGAAGGCAAAUUCUCUAUUUCCUCAGCUUGGAAUCUGCUCAGGAAAAAAGUUGUAGGAGAUUGA